CUCGGCUCGAACCACAUCGGCGACGCGGGCGCGGCGGCGCUCGGCGACGCGCUCGGCCCGGGCGUCCCGAUCGCGCGCGUCAACGUGCGCGACAACCAGGUGGGCGUCCUCGGCUGCCGCGCGUUUGGACGCGCGGUCGCGAGGUGCUCGACGACUUUGACGCGGCUGGACCUCGCGCACUCGGGCUUCGGCGACGCCGGCGCGGUCGCGCUCGCGGACGGGCUCAAGACGACGCGCGCGCCGUGCGCGCUGAAAGUGCUGCAGCUCGGGUUCAACAGCGUCGGCGCGGUCGGCGCGAAGGCGCUCGUGGAGGCGCUGACGACGGGGUGGAUGGACGCGCUGCGGCAUCUCGACUUGGCGUGCAACGGCGCCGCGGACGGCGAACGCUCGGGCGUGAGCGCGCUCAUGAAGGCGCUCGAGAAGAACGAUUCGUUGCGCGUGCUCAACGCGCGCGGGAACGACCUCACGCCGCGAUGCGCCGGGGACGUCGCGGAGAUGCUCAUGGAGAACGUCGCGCUGAGACGGCUGAACGUCGGGUACAACAAGAUCUACGACGAGGGCGCGUGGGAGCUCAUGGAGGCGCUCUCGGAGAAUUCGACGCUGCGAGGGUUGGACGUGCAGAGGAACGAAAUCUCCGACGAGGGCGGACGACACGUCGAGUCUCUGCUGCGCGCCAACGCGACGCUGACCGAGGUC